AGCAGCAGUCGUGGACCCCGCGGGGGCCGAGGUCGGAGCGUCCGGGUCCGCAGCGGGCGCACACGGCUGUGCAGGCCGGGGAGGCCGAGGGCCGGGCUGACAGGGGCAUCAAGACCCGGGCCCGGCGUGGCCUCCUAGACCCGACUCUAAUACUUCUCCAGACUUUUCCUUAAGCAGUGGAAGAUGAAUACAUCCUUGGGCCCACUGUCAUUCAAGGAUGUGGCUGUGGCCUUCACCCAGGAGGAGUGGCGGCAGCUGGGCUCUGAGGAGAAGACGACAUACAGGGAUGUGAUGCUGGAGAACUACAGCAACCUCAUCUCCGUGGGGUACCACAUUAUCAAACCUGAUGUCAUCAUCAAGUUGGAACAAGGAGAAGAGCCGUGGAUAGUAGAAGGAACGUUCUCACCUCAGAGCUAUCCAGAUGAAAUCUGGCAAGGAAAUGACCUGAUGGAGAAAGCCCAGGGAGAUGAAAAGAAGCAGUCGAGGUCAGCUGUGUUCAACUACAAAAGCAUGGUUGAAAAGACAGUUGAUGAUACUAGUGGAGCCAUUACUGUGGAAACAACACUUGUUCCAUCCAGAGAAGUCAUCCCUAAGUGUGACUCCUGUGAAAAGAGCUUGACAUGUAUCUCCGAAUUCAUUAGUAGCGAUGGAAGCUAUGCAAAAAUGAAGCCCAGUGUGUGUGCUGGGUGUGGGAAAUCACUCCUCCACAUUAAGCCUGAGAAAACACAUCCAGGAGACGAUUCUUACGAGUUUAGUCAGAAUGAAGAUGAUUACACUCUAAGUGAAGACAAUAUUUAUCAGAAAAUUCAUAUUUUGGAGAAGCCCUUUGAGUAUGUUGAGAAAUCCUUCCCAAAGAACACAGUUUUUGUUAAUCACAUGGAGGAGAAGCCCUACGAUUGGAAUGAAUCUGAAAUAGCUUUUCUCCAGAUGUCAGACCUCAGCGUCCACCCCAGUUCUCACAUGGAGAUGAAACCCUACGAGUGCCGUGAAUGUGGGAAGUCCUUCUGUAAAAAGUCAAAAUUCAUUAUACAUCAGCGGACUCACACGGGAGAGAAACCUUUUAAGUGUAACCAGUGUGGGAAAUCCUUCUGCCAGAAGGGAACCCUCACCGUGCAUCAGAGGACGCACACAGGGGAGAAGCCCUAUGAAUGCAGUGAAUGUGGCAAGAACUUCUACCAGAAGUUACACCUCAUUCAGCACCAGAGAACUCACUCGGGAGAAAAGCCCUAUGAAUGUAACUACUGUGGGAAGUCCUUUUGCCAGAAGACACACCUCACCCAGCACCAGAGAACACACUCAGGAGAGAGGCCCUAUGUUUGCCAUGACUGUGGAAAGACUUUCUCUCAGAAAUCAGCACUCAAUGAUCACCAGAAAAUCCACACAGGUGUCAAACUCUACAAGUGCAGCGAGUGUGGGAAAUGCUUCUGCCGCAAGUCUACGCUCACAACCCACAUGAGGACACACACGGGCGAGAAGCCCUACGAGUGCAAUGAGUGUGGGAAGUUCUUCUCGAGGUUGUCAUACCUAACUGUCCAUUACAGAACCCACUCGGGAGAGAAGCCCUAUGAGUGUACAGACUGCGGGAAAACCUUCUAUCUGAACUCAGCCCUCAUGAGACAUCAGAGAGUGCACACCGGAGAGAAACCUUAUGAAUGUAACGAGUGUGGGAAACUAUUCUCACAGCUGUCGUACCUCACCGUGCAUCACAGAACUCAUUCAGGAGUGAAACCCUACGAAUGUAGUGAGUGUGGCAAAACCUUCUACCAAAAUUCAGCCCUUUGUAGGCACCGGAGAAUUCAUAGAGGGGAGAAACCCUACGAAUGUUACAUAUGUGGCAAGUUCUUCUCUCAGAUGUCAUACCUCACCAUACACCAUAGAAUUCACUCAGGAGAGAAACCCUACGAGUGUAGCGAGUGUGGGAAAACCUUCUGCCAGAAUUCAGCACUUAAUAGACAUCAGCGAACACACACAGGAGAAAAAGCCUAUGAAUGUUAUGAAUGUGGAAAAUGCUUUUCUCAGAUGUCGUAUCUCACUAUUCAUCAUAGGAUUCACUCAGGAGAAAAGCCUUUUGAGUGUAAUGAAUGUGGGAAAGCCUUCUCUCGAAUGUCGUACCUCACUGUACACUACAGAACCCACUCAGGAGAGAAGCCCUACGAAUGUCCUGAAUGCGGGAAGAAGUUCUAUCACAAGUCAGCGUUCAACAGUCACCAGAGAGUUCAUAGACGAGGGGAUGUGAAUGUAGUUGAUGUGGGAAGGCUUCUCUAAAGGCAGGCUUCAGAUGACCACCUCGGUGAACUAGAAACUCCUGUCUGGAGUGGAGCCAUACUGUAUAGUUGGCCCUCAGCACCCAUGGGUUCCAUAUCCAAGGAUUCAGCCAACCAGAAGUACUAGAGGAAAAGGUUUUAUCUGUGUGGGAUAUGUACAGACAUUUUUCUUGUUAUUCCCUAGUAGUACAAUAUAACAACUGUUUCUGUUGCAUUUAUAUGAUAUUAAAUAUUAUAAUCUCGAGAUGAGUUAAAGCAUACAGAAGGAUUGUGUAAGCUGAACACAAAUAGAGCAUUUCACGUAGGGUACUAAUGAAGUGCAGACUUUGGUGUUCAGGUGGUCCUAGAACCAUACUCCCACAUACCAAAGGAUACUUCAGAGAGCCCACACAAAUGAGCAGGACAAGUCCAUGUGAUGUAGAUUCAUCCAGAAAUCCACAGAGUGGAAACCACAAUUGUGAAAAGACCACAUAGCAGACUAUACAGGAAUAAGAAUGUAUGAAUAUGUUUCAACGUGACUUCAAACUGCUUAUCAGGGAGUUGACUCAACUUAAGGAAUGUGGGAAGCACACUCCUUUGGAAACUGCUAAUAAUAAGGGAUAAUUUGUAAAAAUUAAAAGAAGAUAAUCUGCUAGAAAUAAGUACACUUUAUAGGUACAGGAUAUAAAACUGUAAGUCUAGUUAGCCAAGCUUGAUGCAUUAAACUGGUAAACAGUUCCCUGGGAACACAGGACUUGGGGUCUCUUUUUCUUAUUUUAGAAACCGUCACAGAAAUCAUUUGUUCAGUUUUAGUCAAGCUUGGAAAAGUGUUGUAUCCUUAGUUUGUAACAUAUGGUAAGAUUUAUCCAUUCUGAGUUCACCAUUACUUUCUUAAUAUGCACUGUCACUUGAGGUAAUAUUUGAGAGUUACGAACUAUGCUUUUUUCUUGUUCCUUGGAUUUUAAAAUGCAUUUGAUCAUUGUCACAGGAUUAUAUCAUCUGUAAGGAGUCUUUUGUUGUUGUUUUCAACCAUACAAAGAAGGCAGAAAUGUAUCUAUAAAAUAGGAAACUCUGAAUAAGCAAUUUUUAAUUAAGCCAGAAGUCUCCAAGGAUGAGAAAUAGCUUUAGCACUUACUGUACUCUGUACAACUAAGAACUAUACUUAGAAAAUGCUAUCUGCUGUUUGUUCACUUAUUUUUUUUUUCUUACGUAGAUGCUUAGGUGUGUGCAGAGCGCCAGGGCUGUGUAGCACUGUCUAUGUGCUAGUGUCGUGAACAUUCCUUGCUCUACCAUCACUAGGUGUGUGUGUGUUCUCACACACAAAUAAGGGUUGUGCAGACAUCAUCUGUUGCCUUCUAGCAUCCCUCCUUGCUCUUUGCCUGUAGUCUGAAAGAUGGGAGACAACUCCUGUUAAAUUUUUUCGGUAGUGAUAACCCUUUCUUGUAACCUUGGGCCCAUAUAUAAAGUGUUAGGGGCGUAUUCAGAGGUCAUUCCUUGAAAGUGUUUCCUUAAAGAAGCUGAACCUUGGUGAACAUCACCUUGUCUGCUGUGGUGCUUGACAAUGACCCCCAAAAAUGAAUACAGUGUAAUCAUGGCCAUUACAGAAAGUAGAAUAAACUGGGACCUGAUGUCACAGAGCCACUAAACCAGCAUGACCUGUAGCCACUCCAUGUUUGGACUGUGUUUAUUUUCUAAGAGACUAUUUGUUUCUAAGCCAGUUGACUUAGGAAUAUUCUGCUAGUAACAAAAAGACAGUCUACCUGGUGUAGCAUUACACUUUGUAGGAGUUAUGCAAUUCAGAAGUGGACUUUCACUAAAUCAUUUAUUUUGAUGUGUCAAUAGAGAGAUUUAUUAUCUGUAAAUUUGUAAAUAAUCUGAACAUUGAAAAUGAAGUUGAAACAAAUGUGUA